CUGAGCGAGUCGUCGGCGGCCGCGGCGGAGGGAUACGGAGCGCCGUAUAUAUAUGACACAGAGCGCAGGGUCGCACUUCGGCAUUUGUGCUGGGAGUCUCGCGGACGCAGCGCCGUUACUCGCAGUCGGGCGGCGGCGCAGCGGCGGUACAGCGGCGGCGGCACAGCGCUCAGCGCACACCGCGCCUCAGCAGCAGCAGUAGCAACAGCAGCGGAGGCAGCCCCGCGGUCACAGCCCCUAGGCUGGUGCAGCCACUCUCGAUCCCUCUGCUCUUCCUCUGUUCGCACCAUGGCUGAUCAGCUGACCGAAGAACAGAUUGCUGAAUUCAAGGAAGCCUUCUCCCUAUUUGACAAAGAUGGCGAUGGUACCAUCACAACAAAGGAACUUGGCACUGUCAUGAGGUCACUGGGUCAGAACCCAACAGAAGCUGAAUUGCAGGAUAUGAUCAAUGAAGUGGAUGCUGACGGGAAUGGCACCAUUGACUUCCCAGAGUUCUUGACUAUGAUGGCUAGAAAAAUGAAAGAUACAGACAGUGAAGAAGAAAUCCGUGAGGCAUUCCGAGUCUUCGACAAGGAUGGCAACGGUUACAUCAGUGCGGCAGAACUGCGCCACGUCAUGACAAAUCUAGGAGAAAAACUAACGGAUGAAGAAGUAGAUGAAAUGAUCAGAGAAGCAGAUAUCGAUGGAGACGGACAAGUCAACUAUGAAGAAUUCGUACAGAUGAUGACUGCAAAAUGAAGACCUACUUUCAACUUUUCCCCCCUCUAGAAGAAUCAAAUUGAAUCUUUUACUUACCUCUUGCAAAAAAAAAAUCAUUUACUCAUUCUGUUUCUAUAUAGCAAAACUGAAUGUCAAAAGUACCUUCUGUCCACACACACAAAAUCUGCAUGUAUUGGUUGGUGGUCCUGUCCCCUAAAGAUCAAGCUCUACACAUCAGUUUUACAAUAUAAGUACUUGUACUACCUUAACGAUAAGGAAGCACUUAGUGGACCCCUUGCAGUUCCAUUUGCUAAUGAUUAAUACACCGUUUGGGCUGGCCGGUUUUUCAUGCAUGCGGCUUGACAAUUGAGCACAGUCAGGCAUUUGUAUUAAAAACGAAAAAUGAAAAAACAAAUUCAAUACCUAUUCAAAUGGGUUCUAGUCAGUUUGUUAGUACAGAUUGUCAUAGUAGCAGGUUUACUGAGAGCAAACACAUUUAAAAUUGGUUUACCUCAGGAUGUGUGUAGAAAAACGAGCGAAGGAUAAGGUGUCCAGACGUAGCCCCACUAGCAGGAUGGUCCUCUUGUACUUCCAUGUGCCCCAAUCUGCAGUGACAGUGACACGUCUUGGUGGCGUGCCCACAUGUGUUGGUUUAGCGUUGUCUGCAUUACACUAGAGGGAGACGGGUGUCAGGCUGUCACCAUUCACACAAACUUUUAAAAAACAAACUUACCAAGGGAGCAUCUUUGGACUCUCUGUUUUUAAAACCUUCUGAACCGUGACUUGGAGCCAGCAGAGGUAGGCUGUGGACUUCAGCACAACCGUCAACAUUGCUGUUCGAGAAAUUACAAUUUACGUCCAUUCCAAGUUGUAAAUGCUAGUCUUUUUAUUUUUUUUUUUCCAAUAAAAAGACCAUUAACUUAAAGUGGUGUUACAUGCUUUGUAAAGCUGAGAUCUGAGCGGGGACAGGGCCGUUCGAGGGGAGGCCAGUGCAGCUGUCACUGCCUCAGCCCGGCAUUGGGUUUCCCUCCCAGCAUCCCAGCACCGACCUCGGAGCCUGAGACCUUGCCUAAAACCGAGCGAGUACUGACUGCUUCGUCAUGUUUAUGGACGUUUAGGUCUAUUGUAUUUUCCCUGGGGGGAGGGGGGCAGUGAAUUGCGGUAACCUAAUGAUUAUUCAGGCAGUAGAACUCUUAAAGGAAAAAAAAACCACUUUCUCUCAAGCAUGUAUUUAGGGGUUCUUCUCAAUUGUGCUGCUGAUUACCUGUUUUAUGUAACUACUUGAGACCAUCUGUGCAAGAGACAUAAUUUAGUGUGUCUGUAAUUCAAUCCUCGCUGUGUGUGGUAGAAGCAGUAGUCACUUUUCUAAGCCAGUCUCUUCAUGCCUAAAAGACACUACCAGGCACCUUUGAUUCAUGACUUUUGAAUUAUGAUUAUACCUACCUUGCCCUCUUUUUUUAAAAGUUGACUUGGCCUUUUCUUCCCCCCCAAGUAGAGCUAAUGGUAGCCCUCGGCUUGCAAGUAAAACACCACCCGAGAAGGAUAUUUGUGUCUAAUUAUAAACCUGUAACCAAAACAGAUGCUGGUACUGGUCUUUGCAGUGGGAUUGGUCUGCUUCACAAAAGCCCCUUUAAAGGCAUGUUGCAUUUAGUGCAGAACUCUGAGGUGGAGGCUGGAUGUGCAUUUUCCAGGGUGUUAACUGGCUGUAUCUUAUGAGCAAGGCGAUCUGGAUUUUGAGUGUGUGGGAGGUUUUAAUUUGCCAGGGAACAGUGGCAGGCUGCUAGCGAGGCAGUGAGAAGCUCUUGGCAGCCAAAUGGGUGCAUUCAGGGCUGAUUUAUAGAGACCCUUGGCUUCCCCCUCUCCUACUCCCUGUCUUUCUGGCAUUUUGCAGCUUGUUCUAUUUCCUGCCAGAGGGGUGGGUCAGAGCAGUGGAGAGGAGUCUGCCCAUCUGCCUCUGCAACUGGUCCUUAGACUCUGGUUGGAAGGAGAGAGGUCGACCUCAUGAGUCAGGUUCGGCUCUCCUAAGUUCCUGCAUCUGGAAGGAACACCUAAGAAUACCUUGGGGGUUCUGGUGAGGUAGGAGGACCAAGGGCUCCUGGUUUGAACAAGUUACCGGCCUGGAUGUUUCUUGCAUGGAGGUCCAAUAGCCUGACUGUUGACCCAGUCUCGGGUCCGGUAAAGGACCUCUUGGUAGUUUUCAAAGAGGGGUUGGGGUGACUUGUUGAAAACUGCCUUCUAUCUUACCCUUUCAACCAAGUCUUUAGAAGCUGGGUGGGCUCCAUGGUAGUGGUCCCCCAGUCUCUCCUAAAGGACUGUCUUUGAGUCCAGGUUCUGACGCGGCCAGAAUCCUACGUGGGAACCAGAAGCUUUCCUCCAGGGAGCGCUGAGUCCCGGUGGGCGCAGAGGUGCAGCCGAGCCCACGAUAGCCUUUUCCCUCUGGCAUUUGAGGGGACGGCCAGCCCAGGGGUUAGCGGUUCGCAGUUGUGUGAGUUUGAGAGAGGAAAAAGCUGAAGGUCGUGGUGGUACUUUUUAAGUUGGUUAGCACCUUCCUGUAAACUCUUGCCCCUACUUCUAACUGCUCUAUAAAUAUACGUAUAUAUUUAUAUAUAUAAAGUGACUAGUUUAACUGGCAUCCCGCUUGAGCCUGAGACUUGCCAUAAAAACUGCUGAGUACUUGGCAAACACUUUCAUAGUUUUGUUCUCCAUCUGUGUGGGGUAGGUGUUGAGCAAGGCAAAUGUAUCCUGAUAUUUCAGAUGGGCUUUAACUGCGCUGUUGCCAAGGAAGGCUUUUUCUGAUUUUUUGACAAAUGAAUUUUUGCAUAUUUUAAUUGAUGUCUUUCAGCAACUUAAAACAUUGAAAAUUAGCUACUGUACAUAUUUUUAUAUUCUCUUUCUAAAUGCAUGUCUGACUGUACUUGUAACUACAUUGUAACGGCGGCUGUCCAGCAGGCCGAGCACCGCUGCGGCCCGUCGGCAGCCUCCUGACAGCCCCUCAGCGGGCUGGGCGCCUCUUCCUAAACAAAGAAUGUAAAUUUGGUCCAUCCACUCUUCAUUCACGCCAUUAUUUUAAACAUUUGAAUUAAUUAUUGUAUAUCUGAAAUAAUCCUUUUACUGUAUAUCCUAAAUUGAUCCUUUUGGCAGUGACUAGAUUCCACGAAUGUGUCUUAAUCUAUCCCUCCAGCUGGCACUUACUAUUUUCUUUUUCUAUCCCUCGAAGUUGUCCGGUAGGAGACUUGUUGCUGUCUGAUCCCUUGGAGUGAGAAGGUUAGUGGCAUGGGUGGAGCGUGCGUUCUUUCUCCAGAUCUAUUAUAAUGUUCAUUAAAUGCGUCUGCAGCAAAGAUUGGUGGUAGUUCUUUUGUUACUGAAGUUACCCUUCACCGUGGCGAUUUGCAAAGGAGAUGUACUUGAACGUUUCUGUAAAUCUUGAGAUAAACUGUUUGGAGAUUUUACCACCUCUCUGAUGGGGGACCAACUCUAUGGAAAUUGUAAAUAAGUUUUAUUUAUAAACCUGGCACUGUAUUCAAUAAACAUUUCUGCAGCCUUUCAUCUCUAA